UUUCUAUAAAUAUAAGUCCACACCAGAAAGACUAAACAUUCUAUCUUUGUACUUUCUAAAUUAAAAUCAUGACUUUUAACUUGCCAAAUUCUCGUUAUAAUGGUCCACCACCAUUGGUUCUUGAAUAUAGUGAUGAUGAUAUGGCUCAAAUCCAAGAAAGUGCUAAGCUUAUUGUUUUUAUUCAACUGUUUGGUAGAAAAAUGGGAUGUUAUCAGCUUGGUUCUUGUCUUCAUGGCUUCUUUAAACUUGAUGGUCGUGUUGAAGUGACUGAACAUGGUCAUUGCAGGUACUCUGCCAAGUUCUCCAGCCAGGGGGAUUAUGAUCAAGCUAUUCAGAGAAGUAGCUGGCAGAUUUCGGAUCACCAUGUCAUCGAGGUUUAUAAAUGGGAGCCUAAUUUCCAAUUCGGUAAAGUGCCACUUCUUGCUGUUGGAGACUUUGUGGAAGCCCGCGUGGAAGGGCUUCCUGUUGAGUACUGCAUAGACAACGCGGUGUUUAAAAUUGGCAAGGCUGUUUGUGAGCCUUUGGAUUGCUCGGUCUUUAUGGUUGAUACUUCGAAUGGUAAACCUCCUCGAUUUUGGUUUCUGUUGAUAGGUUCAACAUGUUCGGGUCUUCCUUUGCACUUUCAGAUAGCCGGUGGUCCACUUGUGGGAUUGUCUUAUUCUCGAGCACAGCAAUGCUAUCAUUGUGGUAGAUAUGGACACUUCCGCAAGAAUUGUCCUGAGCUCAAUCAACGGACAAGAUCUCCCAACCGGGCUACACCUUCCAACUCUGGUCCAACUCGAGUCCAACGUCCUCAUUUGGGUCGACAACCAGCCCCAGUUUCUUAUGUGUCACCACGAACCUCGUUCCCUGAAGAAAAUCAUGAAGGAACCACGAGUUCAGAAGAAAGUCAUGAAGGAACCACGAGUUCAGAAGAAAGUCAUGUAGGAACCACAAGUUCGGAAGAAAGUCAUGAAGAAAUCACAAGUUCGGAAGAAAGUCAUGAAGGAACCACAAGUUUGGAAGAAAGUCAUGAAGGAACCACAAGUUCGAUCACGCCAUUUUCUCCUAUAGAGUUCUUUGCCCACUCCUCGGGGAGUACUAGUCCCUCGAGGCCAAUUGAAGAAACAAAAAUGAGCCCUAAAGGUGCUAUGCUUGUUGAGAGUGGAACAGAAAGCAAGCCGAAGUGUUACAAUAUAGGAGAAGAGGUUUCUGAAAUCGACGUUGCUGUGAAAGUCUCUCAUUUGAAUGAUCAAAGGGGAAAUCAGCGUUGGGUUGCCAUAACUCCCCAUGCUGGCGAUGGGCCCCGUUGCUCCAAGAAAUUGCUUUGCACAAGCAUUGAGAAUGCUGAGGACCGGAAUGCAAUCUGUGCAUUAAAGGACACGUGCUACGAAAACGAUGUUUCAAUGGCGAUUGUAUUCGAUAAAUCCUCUGUGCUAAGCAACGACGAUCGAAUUGUCAGGUGCUUUGGUUUCUCUGCUUCUUACUCUGCAGAAAUGACAUUUCGAAGGUUCAGAGAAGAUGGCUCAGCAGUGGACGUGAAGGGUAAUUGCUUGCUGAUGUGGAACGGGGAAGAACUUCGUGUUAAUGUUUCCCCUGUAUCAUAUGGUAAUACACAGCUUUUGUCCCAACAUCUUGAAUUUAUCGCCUCGUGGGUGGUUAGUGAAUCCGAUUCAGAUGAAUCGUCUAAUGGCUUUUCGAGUUCUGAAGGAGAAGGCUCAAUCGGUUCAUCUGUUUCUAGCGAUGAAUCCUCUCGAAAUGGAGACACAGAUUCGGAUGAAUCCUCUUUGUUUUCUUCUGCUGGAGAAGGUGUUUCAAAUGAAUCCUCCUCCUCGUCUAGUUCUAGCAAUGAAUCGUCUAUUUUUCUUCCGAAUGGAGAUACAGAUUCGGAGGGAUCCUCUUUGUUUUCGACUGAUGCAGAGGAAAUUUCAAAUGGAUCGUCUGCUGCUUCUAGUUCUGAAGAAGGUAAUGAAUCAUUUAUUCUUUCUCCUAAUGGUUAAUAGGAUUAGUGUAUGAUUGAGACCACAUAUUUCUCAUCAUUGAAACACUCCAGUGUCUCCUUAACCGUGCAAACUAGAGAAAAUUCUGUUCAGGCCCGGGUGAUGAGGGGAAGGAGUGAGGGUUCUGCAAAAAUUCAAGUCUUGAACCAAUUCAGCAAGUCAGAAUAGAGUAGGCAAUCGGAGUUAGUCAUAAAGUUUUGAGCUACAUUUUCUUACGGUACUUCUAAUAAUUGUCUCUGAAAUUUCACUAUAUAGUUUUUUGAUCUGCAAUUUUGUCCAGUAUAUAGUUCAGUUCUAACCAUUUUAGGCUGUAGUAAUGUCAACCGUACGUACUCCAAACUUUUUGUAUUCUUGUAAUUGAUGUCAAGGAAGUUUUGAAGGCAAUAGAACAAGAUGUUUUUUAAAAUUUAUCUUCCUCUGAGGACUUACUGAUUUCUCUUGUUAUAGCUGGUUGAUGGAACUUGCACAAUAUUUGAGCUUUAUUUUGAUAAUAUGUGGUUUUAACAUCCUUUCCCCUCUAAAUGUCCUUGCUAAAUCUGAUAUCUAAAUUGCCUAUUUGCUAAAUUUGCAGUGGAGAUUAUCACUUUGAUCUGUUGUACUUUUGACUGUACAUACCCUGUGUGCAAAAGGUUGUUACAUAAGGCUAUUAUAUCUGCUUUUGUGCACUAGCUAGAACACUUGUUCUAUGACCUAGGGUGAGAGUUAUCCAGUAAUAUUUGCUUAUAUUUCUUUAUACUGGACAUUGUCUUCCCUUAUACUGGACAAUGCUAUUUAUUGUGUUCAGAUAGGAGGAUAUGGAGGAUGAUGAUUAGGGUAAAAGGUUAGUAGGUAGUCGAACGUUGUCUAGUUUCAUUUUUCAGUGUUAUUAUUAUUACUCUUCUACUAUCCCAUUCUUUUAUUUUAUUAUUACCUGUUGUUUCCCUUGCUUCGGUUAUCCUAUAGUUUGUCGUUGCUACUGUUCUUUUCUCCAUUAUUUUCAGCACGGCUUCUUCACAACUGCAUUUCCUUUUCAUACCUGAUUUGAUAUGUUUUACUUUAGCCGAGGGUCUAUCGGAAACAACCUCUCUACCUUCACAAGGUAGGAGUAAGGCUGCGUAAACACCACACUCCCCACACCCCACUUGUGGGAUUACACUGGGUAUGUUGUUGUUGUAAUUAGUUGUAACCUUUUGUGUUGUCUCUAUUUUUCUGUUUUAAUAAGGUAAUGCCUGCAUUUUAAGCUGACAUUAGAAUUCUCAAUGAUCUCUAAAGCAAUGUAAGAUUUCAUUUUGGAUGUAUAAGAACUCAAUGCCAGAGAAUUGAACUGAUUCUUGAA